AUGCGACCCCCUUCGCUCGCAAGCUCCUUCCUCUACGCCUCUAUCCUCGCCUCGUCAUCACUACCAUGGCUUGCCUCGGCCUUUUCCAAUUAUUCAGAUUCCUCCCUGCUUCUCUCAUCGCGCGUGCUCCUUCAGGACGAUCGUCCGAAAGACUGCCCUCCGUGCUUUAACUGCGAGCUCGAAGCCUUCCAGUGCCACCAGUUCGCAACCUGCAAUAAAUACAACGGGAAAUGCGAUUGUCCUGCCGGAUUUGGAGGGGAUGAUUGUACCCUCCCUCUCUGCGGCUCCUUGCCGGAUGGGAAAGAGAGAGCACCCCGGAAAGGAAAAUACUGCAAUUGUACAGAGGGUUGGGAGGGUGUCAACUGUAAUGUUUGCAAAACGGACAAUGUCUGCAAUUCUAUGAUGCCGGAGGGCGAGGGAGGCUCUGGGUUGACCCAAGUUGAAUCGUUCUACUGCAAUUUGGACACCUGCAAAUGGGGUAUGGAGAGUACAUACUCCCAGAACAAGACGACUUAUACCUGUGAGAACAAGGAUGCACUUGACCUGAGCGACUUUUUGAAGGAGGAGAUUAAGGGACCAGCUACGUUUACGUCUACGUCAACUCUCGGAGGUAGUAGCGAGGAUGGAAGCCGAUUCUCAGAGCCAGUUAUGAAUGACAUGAUCAAGAAUAUCUUUGGCGACCCGGCUAUCUUUUUAGCAUGCCGGUCGGGAGAGUGUUUGUAUAAGACUGAUCUUCCAGGUUAUAAACCACCGGUGAAAGUUAUCAAUACUCCGCUCAUUUCGGGAGUAAUCGCGAGUUGCUCUCUUUUCAUUGUGGCCGUUAUCAUGGGUGUAUGGUAUCUGUCUAGACGCUCGGCCUAUCGUGAUUAUAUUUCCUUACCGCUCGAUGACUCCGAUGAUGAAGGUGCGAAACUCAUGGUCGACCACAAACCCGCCUCGCUACACUUUGAAAACGUUGCCUACUAUUUUAACGGGAGGCAAAUCCUUUCAGGAAUUCAAGGUUCUGCUCAUCCAGGCCAACUUAUGGCCAUUAUGGGGGCCUCUGGUGCAGGAAAGACAACAUUCUUAGAUAUUCUAGCUAGAAAGAACAAACGUGGCGCGGUGGAAGGUGUCUUUUAUGUGAAUGGAGAGAAGGUCGAUGACGAUGAAUAUCGUAGUGUCAUAGGAUUUGUUGAUCAGGAGGACACGAUGUUACCGACUCUCACAGUCCAUGAGACAAUUUUGACCAGCGCAUUACUCAGGUUGCCCCGGAAUAUGAGUAGGGCUGCAAAGGAGCAGAAAGUUUUUGAAGUCGAGAAGCAGCUUGGGAUCUAUCAUAUUAAAGAUCAAAUGAUCGGAUCUGAGGAGGGAAGAGGGCGCGGUAUCUCUGGCGGGGAAAAGAGACGUGUUGGUAUAGCAUGCGAACUUGUGACGAGCCCUAGCAUUUUGUUCUUGGAUGAACCUACUAGUGGCCUGGAUGCUUUCAAUGCGUUUAAUGUUGUUGAGUGCUUGGUGACCUUGGCUAAAAAUUUCAACCGCACCGUCAUCUUUACAAUCCACCAGCCCCGCUCGAAUAUUGUGGCAUUAUUCGAUCAAUUAAUCUUACUGGCUGAGGGAAAAACCGUUUACUCUGGCCCAUUCGCCAGCUGCCAACCAUAUUUCGACCAUAUCGGAUAUUCGUGUCCCUCUGGCUUUAAUAUCGCAGACUAUCUUGUUGAUUUGACCAUGCAUGCUAGUAACACUCACUCACGGUAUGAAGAUGAAAUUCAUUUGGAUGUCAACCACGAUGCUGCCAGAACCGCGACUAGCAGCUUACGAGCGGUUAAAUCUAUCGCGAGUGUGUCGAACGCUUCCGUGGACAAUAGCAGCUCGGACAGACCUAACGAAUCGGGAUUCCGUCCAAUCAGUAAACGUAAAGAGUCACUCAAACAACGACAGGACAAGCAGCUCUAUACAAGGAGGAAGGCUGCUGAAGUGGGUACGCCCUCUACUUUACGCACUGAGGACGAAGAACACAUAGUCGGUAGUCUUUCUGGGAACGGCCAACAUCGAUCACGCCAACCAAACAAUGUUACUUUGCGAGUUCUCGAUGACCCAGAUCAUCCUCCUCCGUCUUCAGCGGGAUUCGGCACCGACCUUGAUCAUCUAGUCUCCAGCUACAUCGAAUCGAAUGUCGCAGCAUCCGUGCGUGACGAGAUCAAUGCCGCCGUCAACAUGGCCGCAGAAGCAAACGGAUUUACGAGCUCGGGACUGGAAGCAAACGGGUCCUUAAAUAAACCAAUGACUGGCUAUGCCAAAGUUGGCCUUUUCAGGCAAUUCACCAUCCUUUCCCAACGGACAUGGCGCAAUCUAUAUCGAAACCCCAUGCUCAUGCUCACCCACUAUGCAAUCGCUAUCGUGCUCGCGGUGCUUUCCGGAUUUCUCUUCUACGGACUAACAGACGACAUAAAGGGUUUCCAAAAUAGACUGGGCCUGUUCUUUUUCCUCCUCGCCCUCUUCGGCUUCAGCACCCUAACUAGCCUAAACGUCUUCUCAACCGAACGAUUACUCUUCGUCCGCGAACGUGCUAACGGAUAUUAUUCACCAAUAACCUAUUUUGCCUCAAAGGUCGCCUUCGACAUCGUCCCGUUACGCCUUAUCCCACCAAUCCUCAUGGGCAUCAUCGUAUACCCGAUGGUUGGGCUGAUCCCCGCGUGGCCCGAAUUCCUCAGAUUUAUGCUCAUUCUCCUACUGUUCAACCUCGCUGCAGCUUGCAUCUGCCUGACUAUCGGGAUCGUCUUCAAAGAUGGCAGUGUCGCAAAUCUGAUGGGCAGCCUGGUGAUGCUAUUCAGUCUCCUGUUUGCUGGCCUCCUUCUCAACCGCGAUGCAAUUCCGAAAUCUGCACUUUGGCUUCAAGUGCUCUCCAUCUUCCACUACGGCUUCGAAGGUCUAAUCGUCAACGAAGUAACAUACCUCACUCUCAUCGACCACAAAUACGGUCUUGACAUCGAAGUCCCUGGCGCCUCGAUACUGAGCGCGUUCGGCUUCAAUACCCUGGGUCUGUGGCACGACGUUAUUGGCCUGGGCAUAUUCUCUGGCGUUUUCAUCGUUAUUGCAUAUGCCGCUAUGCACUUUUUACUUGUUGAGAAGAGGUAG